AUGGCAAAGUACAAGCAACGUCGACGAAAGCUGAGAGCCAGAGCAAAAUUUCUAAUGGAAAAAAAAAGAGAUGCUGCUAAUCCCCAGAGCUCAGAUUGCCCCUCUCCAAGGCCAGCAGGUGAUGUUCCUCUGGACACAUCAACCGUGCAAAGCCGUCUGUCCUCAGUCUGGUCGUUCACUUUGCCCAGUGUGAAAACGGUAGUAAAACCCUUUACAGCAACAGCAUCGUUCCUGUACUGUUGGUGCCAGAGCACUGUCACACAGAGUCUUAAAGUGGUUAAAGACACCAUAUUUCCAUCACAAAUCUACUUAAGGGAGCUAAAUACAUUUAGAGAGAAGCUGGAAAAGUUGGAAACUGAAUUCUCUCAAUUACAAGGAAUACUCCAGAUGAAUGGAACUGCAGCUUCGUCUUCAGACAAUUCUCUUUGUCAACGGUGCAAUAAGCCAGUUCUGGAUGCUCCUGCACAAACACAGGGGGACCUGCUCUUACCAGUGUCCGGGCCUUGGGCAGAACAACUGCAACCUGCACAUGCAGCCCCUGCACCUCUCCCACCUCCACCACCACCCCCGCCACCACCUUUGCCCCCACCACCAGCACCUCCAGCUCCUCUCCUCCUCAAAUGGGGCAGCAGCUCCAAAACCCUCCCGGAAACAUCACUAAAAAAAGAUGGGCCGAUGCAUAUCACUCUCAAAGAUCUCCUGAAUGUAAAACUAAAGAAAACAGAGAACAACCUGAGAACUGACAAGGCAGGAUCACCAGUGAAGACACGCAGGGCAUUAAUUACCGUGUCAGAUUUACAGAGCAUUAGUCUGAGACCUAAAUCCAAUCCAUCAGUUCACAUUACAAACUGCUUAAUUACUCCUGCUAAAAAUCAGUUAGAUCUUCGAAAACAUCUUAAGAAAGUCAAUAUACAAAGAAGUCCUGGGGGCACUCCACUAAAUGCUAAAGAAAACAUGGAGAGCGGCACUGGCUUGACACCGAUCAUGACACAGGCACUGCGACGCAAGUUUCAGAUGGCUCAUCCAAAGAGUCCCUCUCCAGCCAAGUUAAAUGCUGCUAACAGCUUCGAUGAACAGAAGUAGUUUUAUGGAACAAUGUAUUUUAUUCAGCUAUGGUGAGGAAGUCACUUG